GGGUUGGUUACGGUUACUUACUACCUCUGUUCAGCAUGCCCCAACCGUAAAAGUACAGUAUCAAAACAGAACGCACCGGUAAUUAACCCUGGACAACCCAUCUUUACCAGACGGACAAUCGCCAGUAAUCAUGCUCCGGAUAUCCAUCACUCCGGAAAUAACUAUCGUGGCCAAACGGGACCUAAAUAACAAGAAGUGUUCAAAGGGCGAAAUCAUUUAAACGCGAAGGCGCCCUGUUCUUUUGACAUGCUGCUUUGUUCCAUGGGCCUACAACGAGCAGUGAUAGGGUGAUACACGGCAAGCAAUCUAAAAUAACCACCCAUAUCCUUUUCGGGCCUUGUAAAUGGCGGAACAUGCACCAGAAUCAACCGCGAGGCAAUGAGGCUGAUGGUCAUGCGCGAAAUGGAAGAAAUGCGAUUUGGUUGUCUUUACCAUGCUUUAUACUUGCUGGUGGAUGAUAUAAAAAUUAUCUUUUCUCACACAAAAUAUCUCUAAGCUCGUAGAGCGAGCUGCUUAUCAUUCUUCUGUCGUCGUUCGAACAUAUUAUUCUCGUCAUGACAGCCUCAUCUUCUCUCGUUCUCUUUCUGUUUGCGAUUAUCCCUUUCGUCGCCUCCCAUGGCUUUGUUAAGGAGGUCACCAUAGAUGGGACGAGUUAUCAAGGUAAUUUACCGGGUGGUACUACGAGUCCAAGUAUUAUUCGACAAAUAUCCACCAUUGGCCCUGUACAACCGGCUACCAACCCCAGCAUAAAUUGCGGCAUGAAUGCCACACUGGCCUCUUUGGUGGCAUCUGCAAAUCCAGGGAGUCAGCUACAGAUACACUGGGUUGGGUCCUCCGAUGGCACUUCAAAUUGGCCCCAUGAAACUGGGCCUAUCAUGGCGUAUAUGGCAGAGUGUGUCAACACCACAUGCGACAAAUACGAUUCUACCAAUGCGGAAUGGUUCAAAAUCAAUGAACUCGGAAUGGAUGGGAGUAUUUGGUACCAGACCCUUAUCAGUCAGGGUGCUUGGGCCAAUCUGACCCUUCCCUCCAACAUCGCUCCUGGAAACUAUCUCCUACGACACGAACUUAUCUCGCUGCAGAAUGCAGGCUCAAUCGGUGGAGCUGAGUUCUACCCAUCCUGCACCCAGCUCAAGAUUGGAGGGAGUCAAAAUGGCGUUGCUCCUUCAGACGAUCUUUGCACGUUUCCUGGUGGCUAUAAUGAGACUGCGCCUGGAAUUUAUGACCCUGACGUUUACAAUCCUGGUUCCACAUAUGUCUUCCCUGGGCCCCCUGUAGCUACACUCGUUGCCCCAGGCACGAGCUCGCCUGCUCCCAAUUCCACGUCCACUCCUACGCAAGCACCAAACCCAACCAGUACGUCUGGUGGAACAACUGGUGGAACUUCGUCUGGCGGUGCGGGCUCAUCUUCGGGUAACACAGGUACCUCUUCUGGAAACAGCGCGUCCUGCCAAUUACAGCCAUCUAACAACUUGAACUUGCGUCGACGUCAUCUGAGCAAAUUUAAGCGUCACUUGUUCUAGGUGCAACUACCCGCAGCGCCCACAUGCCUCUUCUUCGACGGGGCGUUAAUUUGUCGAUUAUUGUAGGAAUAUGUGCGGGUUUCAAGUUUAUUACUUAUUAUUAAGGUCGUGUUCUUUGUAGAUCAAACGAACAUGUAGAGAUGUAUGUAUAGCUAUUUUGUAUCACCAGUAGCACUGUAAUUGCUUUAACC